AUGUUUUUGAAUAUUAGUUGGCUUGGAAUUUUUGAUGUUUGGGAAAUUUGGGUGCUUGAUUUUUUGAAAGGUAGUUUAAAUAGUACAUACAAUUUUGACAUAUUCAAUUGUUUUUGUGAUGGUUUUGGCAAUAGUUCAGGUGGUGCUUUAGGUCGUGCUUUAGGUCGUGCUUCAGGUGGCACUUUGUGUGGUGCUUCAGGUAGUGCUUCAGGUGGUACUUCAGGUGAUGCUUCAGAGGCAGCGUUGAUCAUUAAAGAUUUUCGAACCAAAAAUAUCAAAAAAUAA